UGCUUCUGAACGGUGAGGAAAGCGGCUACUUCCAAUACCAUCAUGUUUAGAUAUUUGGUGAUCUGCGGUUGCUUGCUGGCGGUCGGACAAGCUGGCGUGAUCGGCGGUGGUUUGCUCGCAGCAACCGCGCCUGCGGCGCUCGCGGUACAACCAGCAGCAGCAACCAUUCCUCUGUCUGCAGCGACGGUCGCGGUACCGACUAUCGCGACAUCCAGCUCCAAUGUGAUACGGGGUAUCGGUAACUUAGGUGCCAUAUCAGCCUACUCGAAGAGCAUAGAUACACCAUUCAGUAGCGUCAGGAAAGCGGACGUGCGCGUUAACAAUCCUGGAAUCUUGACGGCGACCGCUGUGCCCGCCCCGGUACUUGCGCUCGCAAAUACCGCUGUUGCAGCCCCAAUCGCUACCGCCGCUGUUGCCGCACCUACGGCACUUCUCGCACCUGGACUGACCACCGCGAUCGCAGCUGGACCAGCUAUCACCACCGGCAUAGCGGCCGCUCCUCUAGGACUCAAUGGUUUGGCCUUGAACGGCAUAGGAGCCGUCAAGGUUCUCUAA